CGGUGUCUCCACCACUGCUGCGUUGUCACUUAGAAAAGGAAGCUCUGGAGCUGAUCGAGCUUGAAGUCAGUCCACCUACGGAUGAGCAGCAGCCAGUUUGUGUAUGAUUUCUCUAAACUGUUGCAGUGACGGUGGUGUGAACAGAGAGAGAGAGAGAGAGAGAGAGAGGAAGAGAGUGUGAGAGCUCCUCAGUUGCCUUAGCAGCGCAGCCUCAUUCCUCCACAGUCGGGCUUCAGUCCGCUGUACUGCGCGCUUCCCGGGGCUUCCCUCACGGCUCCCCAUCAGUUAACCCUGUCACACUCCGCCUGGUCUCCAUUUAUUCCACCGUGCUCGAGAUUUUCAAAAGAGAAGAAGAAGAAGGAAAAGAAAAGCAAACAGAACUCUGGGCCGCCUCCAAGUUUCCUAAACGCCCCUUCUCCGGCUGUUAUGAAGGAAAAGGUGGCGGGCUGAUCGGCUCAGUCACUCAGCGCAGGUGUGAAACCAGAAGCGAAGAGAGGAUGGCUCUACGGACGGGGAACGGGACUGUGACGGAGUGGGGGAACCUCAGCGUGGAAGUUAGCGACUACAACGUGAGCAACACGAACCGCUCCGUCCCCAGCAGACCGGCCAGAGCCAGAGAGAUGGACUCCUUGCGUAUUUUGCUCUACUCGCUCAUCUUCCUGCUCAGCGUCUUCGGCAACCUCCUGAUCAUCGUGGUCCUGAUGCUGAACAAGCGCAUGCGGACGGUCACCAACUCCUUCCUGCUGUCGCUGGCGGUCAGCGACCUGAUGAUGGCCAUUUUCUGUAUGCCCUUUACACUUAUCCCCAACAUGCUAGAGGACUUCAUCUUUGGAGCCACCAUGUGCAAGAUUGUCACCUACUUAAUGGGAGUCUCCGUCAGCAUCUCCACCUUCAGCCUGGUGGCCAUUGCUAUCGAAAGAUACAGUGCCAUCUGUAACCCACUGAAAUCCCGUGCAUGGCAGACCCGAUCUCACGCCUAUCGCGUCAUCGCUGCUACCUGGGUGGUGUCAUUGUUAAUCAUGGUGCCCUAUCCGGUGUUUAGCACUCUCAAGUCUUUCCCAAGGCAUAAUGGUACUGUGGGCCGCAUGUGCCGCUUGGACUGGCCCAAUCCACAAUCUGAGCAGGCCUGGUACAUGCUGCUGCUGCUCAUUCUGUUCUUUAUCCCGGGAGUGGUGAUGAGUAUAGCCUAUGGUCUGAUCUCCAGAGAGCUCUACCGGGGCAUUCAGUUUGAGCUGGGCCAGAGCAAGGAGGCAACUGGCCAGAAAAAUGGUGUAGACAGACCUUUGACAGGGCCGAAUGACGAUGAUGAUGGCUGCUACAUCCAGGUAUCCAAAAAGCCCUCCUCUUCUGUGGAGCUUCCCACCCUCUCUGCCUCAUCUAGCACCGUGCAGGUCAAGACUGAGCGCGCCCGCAGCAACACCUCCGAGGCUAAGCUGCAGGCUAAGAGGCGCGUCAUCCGCAUGCUGAUGGUGAUCGUAGCACUCUUCUUCAUCUGCUGGAUGCCCUUGUUCACAGUCAAUACCUGGAAAGCCUUUGACAUGAAGUCUGUCACCAAAGCCCUCUCAGGAGCACCCAUCUCUUUCAUCCACCUCCUGUCCUACACGUCGGCCUGUGUCAACCCCAUCAUUUACUGCUUCAUGAACACACGUUUUCGCAAGGCUCUGCUGUCCACUUUUGCCUGCUGCAGUCGCAACCGUCUGUGCCGCAAAUGCUGUUGGUGCAGUGGGAGGGAAGGUGGGGAAGACGGCAUCAACGCCACCUCCAUGGGCACAUCGAUGGCGACCUCAAUGUCCAAGUUCAGCUACACCACUGUAAGCACCACCGGCACCUGCUAAGCCUCGAGGAGGGCCGGGUGGUCGCAUCAGUGGCUGUGGUUACAGUGUAUGUGCCAUCUGUUUUAUUUUUUCCCUGUUUUUUUUUUUUAAUCUUCUGUUUGUCACUCUUCAUCUUAUUAUGGUGUGAGUCAUGUGCUGAGUAAUAUCCAUGCCCUUGCUUAGAGGUCUUUUUCAAAGGUCUUCUUUAAAUUCUUCGUGCAUGGUUGCAGAAUGUGAAGUGGAGAAAAUACUGUUUCUUUUUUGGUGACAUCCUUUUACUCCAGUUUAACUGGCAGCAUCUGCUUUGUUGCAUCCUGAAAAGAACAUCAAGUGCCUGUGCUCUUGGUGUGGCUUUGUUUGUUCGCUAGCUGGGACGGACAUUUUAGUGGGAAAACUAUGUUGAAAAUAUAAAUUCUGUGUACAUAUUAUUCUGUCUUUAAGUUUAUUUAAGGUGAACGUUUUGAUGGAGACUGCUAAAUAAUGAAGACCGGCUAACCUACUGCGAAUGGAAGGAUUUCGGUUCCAUUUUUGUUCAUCUUCAGUCAUUCAGGGCAUCUUUUUCUGGUGCCAGUAUUAUUAUUACUAUUAUUUUAUUUUUAUAUUCAUUAAUCAUUGAUCUUAUCAUUAAUAUUAAUGCUAAUUAAUCACUAGCCUAUUUAUUUAUGACCAUUUUCCCACUUGAUAUUAUGGCUUUUGAAUGAGUACUACCAUGCAGGGAGUGCAGAAUUAUUAGGCAAGUUGUAUUUUUGAGGAAUAAUUUUAUUAUUGAACAACAACCAUGUUCUCAA